UUUGACAGACGUUGCGUAUUGCACAGCAGCGUUCCCCGAGGAGAGAGUUUAGAAGCAUUUCAAUUUAGCGCGGCCCUGGCAAGUGGGGUUAAUUUGGAAGUGAUUUAAUCUAUUAGAGCAUUGUCUCGAAGCGGUUUAUAUAGCCUUGCUCGAAGCUAAGAAAACUCUUCCUUGUUGCUUAGAAGUGGCCGAAAAUGUCAAACGCUGGAGUCAUGCACCCUUCAAUAUCCUGGGCCCAGAGGAGCAAUCUCAUUUUCCUCACAAUCAAUGUUGAGGAUGUCACAAAGCCUGAGAUCAAGGUGGAAGAGAACCGGUUAUACUUCAAGGGCACAGGUGGCUCAGACAAGAAGACAUAUGAGGCAGACCUGGAAUUGUAUGGAUCAGUGAAUGCGGAGGACUCGAAGCAGCAGAUUUCUGACCGGAACAUCCAGCUGGUGCUAAUGAAGAAAACCGAGGGUCCGUACUGGCCUCGCCUGCUCAAAGACAGCGCCAAGGUGCAUUGGCUCAAGGUGGACUUUGGCAAGUGGAAAGACGAAGACGACUCGGAUGAUGACGAGAACGCCGGCAGCGACAUGAACCUGGAGGCGAUGAUGAAGCAGAUGGGUGGUCUGGGUGGCGGCGGCGCCGGCGACGGCAGCAAGCCCAACAUGGACGACCUGAGCGAAUCAGAUGACGAGUCUGACGAGGAGAAACUGCCCGACCUCGAGGAAUGACCCCACCCGCUGUGACCGCCCUCUGACCGCGUGUGUUCCGGCCCGGCGGCGGCCGGCGGCACGGACCAUUGUGUUGUAGCGGUGCCGGUUCUAGCUGUGUCCCGGCAUUAGGGUCGGGACAACUCAGUAGCUGCCGACCGGCACCGGGCGCCGUCGUCUUGUCCGUCACUUCAGUCGGACACCCAGUCACUCCGACAGAGCCGUAGCCCUGUCGUACCGCCGUACCGCGCCGUGCCGUACCGUGUCGUACCGCGCCGUGCCGUACCGUGUCGUACCGCGCCGUACCGCGGGCCGCCCCCGUGAUAUGUGUCCCCAGGCGCGCGUCGUACCGCCCGCCGGGUACCUCAGGGUGGGACGCCGCCGUCGGUCUCGUAUGCACUCUUUUUUAUUUGAAUACAUCGUGCUUCAUGACGA